UCUGACUACUGACAACAUGAAAACCUUCAGCCAUGAGAACAGGAACACACAGGCUGUCCCUGCAACAAAUAUGCAGACCCUGGUCCUAUUCUCAACACUGAUGAUCCUCUGUGUCUCUGCAGUGAACCCUGAGGUGUGGGUGCAAGUCCAGAUGGAGGCCACCAACCUCCCGUCCUUUUCAGUUCGCUGUGGAGUCUUAGGAUGUAACCUCAUCUCCCUGGUAACAGUGAGUUGGAAAGGAUUUGUUGAUGCCAGAGAGACCAAACUAGCUGUGUUAGAUCCAGAACGUGGCACCCAGCAGUGGGCUCCCACCAGCAAGGCCCACUGGGAAACCCCAAACAGCAUCUCUGUCACUCUGACCCUGGAACAAUCCAAAGCAAGACGCUCCCUGGCCAACACCACAUUCUGCUGCGAGUUUGUUACCUUCCCUCAUGGUUCCAGGGUUGCCUGUAGAGACCUGCGUAGCUCAGAUCCAGGUCUCUCUGCCCGGACUCCAGCCCCCAUUCUUCAGUCAUACCUGGCAGGAAUCUUGGGAACCUCAGGGUUUUUCCUAUUUGCUUUCAUCUUUAUACUAUGUCUCCGGCGACAGCAGAGGCAUUGA